UUUAAAUACGAGACAGGUGAGAGUGGAGGUACAGCAGCAGAUCCUGGAGCUCCGGUCGGGAACAGUAAGUCCAUAAAGAUGAUCAAAGCGGUGUUGUCGGUGCUCCUGGUCCUGGUGGCCGUGUCCUCCGCCUUCGGGAAAUACAUCCCCAAAUCUGGCAAGAGGAUCCCUCAGACUCUGUCCAGAGGUUGGGGUGAUCAGCUGAUCUGGGCUCAGACGUACGAGGAGGCUCUCUACUGGUCCAGGUCAAAAAACAAGCCUCUGAUGGUCCUCUUCCACCUGGAGGAUUGCCCCCACAGCCAGGAACUGAGGAAGAUCUUAUCCGAGGACAACGGGAUCCAGAGGACGCUCGACGAGGACUUCAUCGUCCUCAAUCUGAUGUAUGAAACCACGGACAAGAAUCUCUCUCCCGAUGGACAGUACGUUCCCAGGAUCAUUUUUGUCGACCCCACGAUGACGGUGAGAGCCGACAUCAUCGGUCGCUACUCGAACCGCAUGUACGCCUACGAACCUGCUGACACCAAACUGUUGAAGAGCAACAUGGAGAAGGCCAAGAAGCUCCUGAAGUCCGAGCUGUGAGCGCGAGGAACGAGACGCACGCUCCACAUAGUGACCCCCGAUGACCCCGAUGACCUCCGAGACUCCACCGCCACCGCCGGAGGCCGAUAACACGCCGUCACUACAGUUUAUAUGGAGAAUUAUACGCACUGGGAAGCUCCUCGUCUUCACCUUCAUUCAUUGUUAUUAUUACUGUACAUCCAGAAUGUCUUUUGAAUAAAUAUGGAAGUGUUCAUACAUACCA